AUGAAUUUUAAUAUAGAUGAGCUGAUUCUUGGUGCCCAAUCUGCCGACAAUAUUCAAAGAGAAACUGCUGAAGCAAGACUACUGGAAGCCUGUGACGCUGAUUCAUCUGGUUUAUUUAAUGCAUUGGUUACUGUAGCAUUGGAUACAGAACAUCAAUUGUCUGCAAGACAAUUUUCAUUAUUAUCCUUAAGGAAAUUGAUUACUCUAUAUUGGGGUCCUGGCUUUGAAUCUUAUAGAAAUACAUCUGUUGUGGAUCAAACAACGAAAAAAUCCUGUAGACAAGCAUUGGUUCAUUUAUGUUUGGAUGAUCAAAUUGAUACAAAGAUUAGAAACAGUGCCUCCUACUGCGUGGUACAAAUCUCAGCCAUAGACUUCCCAGAUCAAUGGCCUGAAUUGUUACAAAUUGUUUAUGAUGCUAUCUCUAAUCUUCAUUCCUUAAAUGCAAUGGCAUUACUCAAUGAAAUAUAUGACGAUGUUAUCUCCGAGGAUAUGUUCUUUGAAGGUGGAAUUGGUUAUGAGACGUUGUCGGUUAUCUUUCAAUUGUUGGUCAAUGAUAACGCAACUUUGGACGCUAGAAUUGCAGCAAUGAAUCUGUUUCAUUCAACACUUUUACAAAUGUCAGCCAUUGAAUCACAUUCCUCAGAAAAAAGAAAAUUGUUUAUUCAGGAAUGUAUACCACGAGCACUACAAACAAUGGGUGUGUUAUUAACUCAGACAACCGAUUUGUCGAACACUAAACAAAUUACUCUUGUAGGAAAAAUAUAUGAGAAUCUUGUUCUAAUUAAAAACGAAUUCCCUAAAAAAUUAUUUCCAAAGGAAUACCAAAUUUCGUUUAGGUCACAGGUAUUUGUUGAUUUGGAAAAUUUGAAGAAUCAGUACUCCAAUUUUUUACAAACAGCAACUGUUUCAGAUAAUUCAGAUACUUUGGACGUUAUAAAUGAAUGCGGUAUAUUCAUGAUUGAAUUUUUAACAAGUUUGUUGACUCUUCCAAUUACCCAGGAAGAACAAUCAAAACUAAUUGAAAUAUCAUUGGUGUUGUGCACUUUGGAUUCCCACAUUGUAGACAAAUGGACUUCAGACUUUAACGAUUUUGUCUCGAAAGAAACGGGCCUAGAAGCAUCAUUUUCUAUUAGAGAUCAAAUGAAUGAAUAUUUGGGCUCUUUAUCUGAAGAACAAUUGCUUAUUCAUUUUACACUUCUGAUAGGAAGAAUUGGGUCUCUUGUGGCGAAUUAUAAUGAUACACGGGAUUCAAGAUUACUCGAAUCAUCAUUAUAUAUUUUACAAAAUUUGUUUUUGAAUGAUGAUGAAAUAGAUAUUUCUCAGACGGAUGAUAUAAUUAACAUGAUCAAUACGGUUUUCAACCAAAUAACAGAUGAUGAGUUACUUAAGAGUAGAAUUAUUCUUCUGAUUCCUAAACUUUUAGAAAAAUUUAUGGACAUUUUACCAAAUGUCAAGAAUUUAGUACAAACUUAUCUUUUUAAGAUUAUCGAGUUGGUCUCAACAAUAGAUAACGUAUUAUUAAAAUCAAGUGGUUUGAUUUCAUUUAUGUCGUUUACCUACUUCGUUGAAUUACCAUCAGUUCUAGGGGAUAAACGAUGUGUUGCCAUGCAGGACAGUGUAUUACAAAUUGUCAACAAAGUAAUGGAAGAUGCAGAAGACGAUACAUUUGGAUUGCUGAUCGAGACCAUUAACCAGGUAAUUUCGAUUAAUAAUGAAGCGACUCCAUCGAGUAUUUUACAGCAACAAUUUUCAAUGGUAAUGAAUAUUUCUAGUAAAGACCCAGGUAACAUACAAAUUGUUGUUGAGUCUCAAGAUUGUCUGGAGAAAUUAUUGGAUGGGAUAGACACAACAACAUAUGAAUCAUAUAUUCAAAUAUGUAUGUCAUCAUUUGUUAAUAUAAUCAAGGGAAGUCAGGCAACCAGUUAUAAAUAUUCACCAUUAUUAUCUUUGAUCCUUGAAUUUAUUACAGUAUUUAUGAAGAAAAAGCCUGAUAAUUUUCUAUUACCAUUCCCAAUCGUGGAUUAUUUAUUUGAUCCAUUGGUAGAUGUGUUACGUACUUCUACUGAGGAAGAAACAUUGCAAUUGGCAACGGAUGCAUUCAGUUAUAUGAUAUACAAUAGUGACCCUUCAGUGGUAACACCUCGUUUAGAAACCGUUGUUGGAGUCCUGGAGAGACUAUUAUCAUUAGACGUGAGUGAUAGUGCGGCUAUGAAUGUCGGUACUUUGAUCGUCACGAUUUUAACAAAAUUUUCUACUGAAAUACAUGAUUUAGUUCCUGUGAUUCUUCAAGCCGCCGUUAGCAGGUUGAUUAACUCUAAGAAUAUAUCUACGCAACAAAACUUAAUUUCAUUACUAUGUUUAUUGACAUGUUCAGAUGUGAAACAGACAUUAGAUUUUCUGUUUCAAUUACAAGAAGAAACUCAGGACCUCGCUCUGGUUUCAAAAGUAUUAACAAAAUGGUUUGAAUCCUUUGAGGUUAUAAGAGGUGAGAAGAAGAUUAAAGAAAAUAUUGUUGCAUUGAGUAAAUUGUACAUGUCAUCAGACCCACGUCUAUCUGAUAUGCAAGUAAAUGGUGAUUUGAUCCCUUACCAUGGUGAUUUGAUUAUAACUAGAUCCAUGGCGAAGAGGAUGCCAGAUAGAUAUAUGCAAGUGUCAGCAUACGCCAAAAUUGUCAAAUUGUUCGUCACAGAAUUAGGUUUCCAGACAAGACAACCGACCAAUCAAGAAAGUAUUGACUCUACGAUAGGCAUUACUGGUUCAGCUAGCAACCAUACACACACUCACGAAGAGGUUGCUGCUGACACUAAUGAUGACGAUGAUGACGAUGACGGAUGGGAAGACGUUGACGAUGCCUUGAAUUACGAUAAAUUGAAAGAGUAUAUUGAAGAUGAGGAAGAAGAUCCAGCAGAGUAUGGUGAAGAUGACACGAAGGAGAUCACUGGUUUAGGUAAUAUCCAACAAAACAUCACCGAAUUACUGAUUGAUUCCCUGAGACAAUUUGCAACAACAGACGCCAAUAAUUUUGGUACCAUCUAUAGCACUUUAUCGGAGCAAGACAAGGCCACUGUCACUCAACAACUGAUUUAG